AGGCGAACGAGUGCUUUCUGUCUUCUCCUCUUUCCGUUUUUUAGGUCUCUCUCUAUUGCAAUAUCUGUUCUUCCAUCCCCUCUCUUUGAUCCUUCUCUGUUUUUUUUUUUCCUGAUUUUUGAAAAGAGAAAGAGAAGUCAUGGCAGAUCAGCUCACGGACGACCAGAUCUCUGAGUUCAAGGAGGCUUUCAGCUUGUUCGACAAGGAUGGAGACGGUUGCAUCACAACAAAGGAGCUGGGAACUGUGAUGAGAUCACUGGGGCAGAACCCAACAGAAGCUGAGCUACAGGACAUGAUAAAUGAGGUGGAUGCAGAUGGGAAUGGAACCAUCGAUUUCCCAGAGUUUCUCAACCUUAUGGCACGGAAGAUGAAGGACACCGAUUCUGAGGAGGAGCUCAAAGAGGCUUUCAGGGUGUUUGACAAGGACCAGAAUGGCUUCAUCUCUGCUGCCGAGCUGCGCCAUGUUAUGACCAAUCUUGGUGAGAAGCUCACAGAUGAGGAGGUUGAUGAGAUGAUCCGUGAGGCUGAUGUCGAUGGGGAUGGACAGAUCAACUACGAGGAGUUUGUCAAGGUCAUGAUGGCCAAGUGAGAACCCAAUCCACCAAUCCCAAAAG